UUCAUGUAGUGGGUCACCUCCCUGGCUACUAUCUGUCAGAUUAUCUAUCAUUCAAAUGUUGCUUGGUUGAAACAUCACUUCAGUUGUGAGUUGGAAUAGACAGACGACGCGAUCUACCAGUGUCCCCAAGUCCGGCGUUCGGCAAUAACACCCGGUGCUUGAGAAGACGCGAUGAGGAGACUCAGGGGCUGGACUGGAGGAUAUAUAGUUAUACUAACUGUUAUUAUUGUGUUUAUUCUUAAAGCAUUCAUCCAACCUCACCGACCACUAAACGUGGACUGUGCGACUGACAAUUUUACAUGCUGCACAUUAAGGAGAACAGAUUGGAGUCAUGUCCAAACAAGGACGACACAUACGCCGAGUAAGGUUGUUGAUGAGAUCCAGUUCUCCGUGGACAGCAGAUUGUGUAAGGAGAAACUAAAGGAUGAUGCCUCGCUGUGGCUUCUGGUAGCAGUGAUAUCAGCCGUGACUCAUUUCGAGCAACGGCAAGCAAUCCGGGCAACGUGGGGAUCUGCCAUCCACAAUAAUUCGAGUAAACCUGUGUGUUUGGUAUUCAUACUGGGCACCGGUCAAGCAUCUGAUGACGUGAAACUUGAAGAUGAAAUUAGCAAGCAUAAGGAUAUAGUUCAAAUAAACAAGAAGGAAAUAUACACAAACCUUAUUUAUAAGAGCAUAGGGUUGCUCAAAUGGGCAGAUGCACAGUUCAAUCACGUCCACUUUGUGCAUAAAGUAGACGAUGAUGUGUAUGUACAUGUGCCAGUGUUGUAUGAAAGGUUGAUACGUUUUUCAACUACACCAAAGAUCAUGAUGGGCUAUUUGGACAACGGGGCACCAGUCUUUAGAAAUUCUAAGUCUAAGUAUUACGUUUCGAUAGACGAAUUCAAAGGGGAGAAGUUUCCAAGUUAUAUUCACGGCCCUUCCUAUGUUAUAUCCGGUGACCUUGUGCAUGACCUGCUGGCCACAAUUCCGCACCAUCCGUUAGUUUCUAUGGAAGACUUCUAUAUUACCGGGAUAUGUGGCACGUAUAUCUCUGCGGCUCAUGUUGGCCAUUGUGGAUUCAGGAACUGGAGACAAAGGGGAGACGACUCCACCCUAUUGCCAGAAGUAGUAUCUCUACACAGUAUGACGCCGAGCCAAAUGUACAAAACCUGGAAUUAUCAACAAACGAAAAUCAUUGAAAGGAAAUUGGAGUGAGUGACCGGAGAGAGUAAAAAUAUAGCGAAUACCACAAGAAAAUUAUCAAUACCUGAUGAUAACUUGUGAGUAAAUACACAUCGCUCAAAAGAUUGUUGCGAACCCUGCCCUACUCUUUGUAUUCAACAAAGCUAUUCAGAAAGCUAGCACCGCCUGCGUGGUCUAGAGACCGCGUCAUACCAAAAUACGUUAAAAGAUGGUACUUGUUGUUGCCCUGUCUGGCGCUCGGGAUUAAGGGGCUAAAACAAGGACUGGUCGGCCCGGAGUCAGUACACUGUGUCU